ACCAGUUGGAGAGGUGUACGCCUGGCAGCAGUAUGCAGAAGCUGUGGGUCGAGGUCUUUGCGCCCACGGAGAACGAUAAGGGGAAGUACACUCUGGAGAUGUUUGAUGGUCAAGAAAAGCACACUCGCUCCCUAGACCUAUCUGGACAAGCCUUUGCUGAUGCUCUGUUGGAAUACCAGAGGUUGAAGUAAGUGCGUUACCAUAUUGAUGGUGAGCGCCCAGCAUGGCUUGCAGUGGUAAACACUAACACAAACAAUUGCAGGUACUAUUUUCUAUCACUAUUCUCACAUGGACAAACAGAAAACUGUUCUAUAUUCAAUAUUAAUGAGUUGACAUAUAGUAUGGUGAUCUGAAACCAUUUGCAAAUGGUUGCUGAGCGGUUGCUGAGAAAAAUCGGGCCAGGGUGACCAAGGGGCUACCAGAUGUGGUGGCUAUCAUGGAGAAUAAAUCUGUGUGCUUGACCUGGUUCGCUGACGGUGAACCUGCCUCAGAGAUGUUCUGGCUGAGGAACGACAAAGGCAUUGUCUCAGGGGGCCAGUUCAACAUCGCCAACGAGAACAAGCGCAGCACUAUGACCCUCAACAGUGUGACUAGCGAGGAAUCAGGCAACUACAGCAUAUUUGUGCGCAACGUGACGGUGAGCGUGUACAAGCAUGGCGAGAAGCCCCCGCGCACGAUGCAGUGGAGAUGUAAGAAAGGGGGGAAGGAAGGAGUGUUGGUUUUGUUGCACUAAGAGACGAUUACAACUGGGUACAGAUGUCAAUUCAAUGUAAUUUCCACGCUGGUUCCACAUGACAUGAAAACAACGUUGAUUCAACCAGUGUGUGCCCAGUGGGAUGUGUUUGUGUGGUUGAGACAGUUUGUUUUCAUGGGGUUAAAUUGGAGUUAAUGGGGAGUGAAAUGCUAGAAGCGGUUAAUUUGUGGCAUUGGGAUGUAAAGCAAUGACUAAGAAGUUACUUGUGCUAGACGGAAUGCGGUCAAUUAGGACAAUGUGAGGUCCAGUCAAACCUACAACAACCUGUUUUCUUGUGUCAUUGGACUACCAAUAAAUAACCCAAGAGUGUCAGCUACAA